AUGGCUGAUACAUCAAGAGAAAAAAUCUAUGGUGUUGGCACAUCAGAACGGAAUACUCGUCUAUUACGUAUUAAAGUUUUACGAGCAAUAGAAUUACAGAGACGAGAUUUUCUCGGUGGAUCUGGUGAUCCAUAUGUUAAAAUUUCACUACAAAUCCGUGAAAAUCGUAAUUCAACUAUUGAUGUUGCACGCACACGUACAGUACCAAAAACACUUAAUCCAUUAUGGAAUCAAGACUUUAUUUUUCGUGUUGAUCCAAGUAAACAUCGUCUUCAAUUUGAAAUCUAUGAUCAAAAUAAACUUACAAAAGAUGAAUUUCUUGGUAUGUUUUUUGUCGAAUUAAAUACUCCAAUCCCAUAUGAAUCAGCUGAACAAUCCAUGUUAACAAAAGAUUAUUCCUUAUUAAAACGAAGUGUUCUUCAACGUGUUCGUGGUAAAGCAACAGUUGGAUUAGCUUAUAUAAAUCCUAGUACAGCAUUAGCACGAGAAGAAUCUGUUGAAAAUGAAAAUAAUCAACAACCUGAAGCUGGAUUUGAGAUUAUUAAUCAUCGUGAUAUACCUCAAUCAUUAACUGAAAUACCUUUACCAGCAGGAUGGGAAGAACGAAAAGAUGCGGCUGGUCGAACUUAUUAUGUUGAUCAUACCACACGAACAACAACUUGGAGUCGUCCAACUGGAGAAACUGCAACAACUUCGGAACGAUCUCAACAACAAGUUAGUGAUCGACAUCAAGUUGAUGAUAUUGAUGGCAAUAAUUCUCAAACAAAUACUCCACCAACAAGCAGUUCACGUCAUCCAGCAACAGGAGCUACGAAUGCUGCUGCUGCAGCUGCCGUUAUAGCAGCAAAUUCAAAUACAGUAGAUGAUCUUGGUCCGAUGCCAGCUGGUUGGCAAUUAUCUAAAACAGAUAAUGAACGUAUGUUUUUUAUUGAUCAUGUUAAUAAACGAACAACAUGGAUUGAUCCACGAACUGGUAAAUCAAGUCCACUACCAGCUGCACAACGUGAAAUUAAUCAAAAUGGACCCUUACCUGCACAUUGGGAAGUUCGAACAUUACCUGAUGGUCGUGUUUAUUAUAUAGAUCACUUAAAUAAAAAUACAACUUGGACUGAUCCACGUAUAGCAGGACCGACAGUACCAUAUUCACGUGAUUAUGAAGCUAAAUAUCGUUUAUUUCGUCGUAAUUUACCACGAGCUAAACCAAAUAUUGGUAAUCAAGUUGAAUUACAUGUUAAUAGGAAAGAUAUUAUGGAAACAUCAUUUCGAGCUGUUAUGGGUAUCAGAGACACUGAAAUAUUAAAAACAAGACUUUGGGUUAUAUUCGAUGGUGAACGUGGUUUAGAUUAUGGCGGUUUAAGUCGUGAAUGGUUUUUAAUACUUUCACGUGAAAUAUUCAAUCCAUAUUAUGGCUUAUUCGAAUAUAGUGCUAUUGACAAUUAUACACUUCAAGUAAACCCAUUGUCUGGUUUAUUUAAUGAAGAACAUAUAAAAUAUUUUCGUUUUAUUGGACGUAUUAUUGGUAUGGCUAUUUAUCAUGGGAAAUUACUUGAAGCAUUUUUUAUUCGUCCAUUUUAUAAAAUGUUACUUUCGAAACCGAUUACACUCGCGGAUAUGGAAACAGUUGAUCGAGAAUAUUAUCAAUCAUUAAAAUAUAUUGUUGAUAAUGAUCCAACAGAUUUAGAUCUAUAUUUUGUUGUUAGUGAAGAAAUAUUAGGUGAAUUACGUGAACAUGAACUUAAACUUGAUGGUCAACAUAUACAAGUAACUGAAGAAAAUAAACAAGAAUAUAUUGAUUUGGUUAUUAAUUAUCGAUUUGUCCAACGAAUGGCAACACAAAUGAAUGCAUUAAAACAAGGUAUUCAAGAAAUCUUACCACUUGAUACUAUUAAACUGUUUGAUGAAAAAGAAGUUGAACUUUUAAUUAGUGGACUUGGAGAAAUAAAUGUUAAUGAUUGGCGAACAUAUACAAUGUAUAAAGGAGGUUAUACACCAGAAGCUCUAGUAAUACAAUGGUUUUGGAAGGCUAUUGGAUCUUUUAAUACUGAAGAACGUACUCGUUUUCUUCAAUUUGUAACUGGUACAUCUCGAUUACCGAUGAAUGGUUUUCGAGAAUUAUGGGGUUCAUCGGGUCCACAAUUAUUCACUAUUGAAAAAUGGGGUGAUCGAACAAAAUUACCACGUGCUCAUACCUGUUUUAAUCGUAUUGAUCUACCACCUUAUGAAAACUAUCAAGAAUUACGACAAAAACUAACGCAAGCAAUGGAAAUGAGUGAAGCAUUUGAAGGAAGACUUUUAAAACCAUCUUGGUGUCCACCGAAUGCAAUUUUUGGUCCAAUUUGGACAAUAGUCUAUCUUCUUAUGGGUAUUGCUUCGUAUUUAAUUGUUCGUGAUGGUGAAGGAUCAGUAAAAACACUUACAUUAGUAUUUUAUUUCAUACAAUUAUUUCUUAAUUGGAUAUGGUCACCAGUAUUUUUCGUUUUUCAUCAAAUAGGAGGUGCACUCGUCAUCAUACUUGCUUUAUUUAUCAAUAUUUUUAUUUGUGUUUUACAAUUUUGGCAUAUUAAUUCUUAUGCUGGAACGCUUCUAUUACCUUAUCUUAUUUGGGUUGGAUAUGCUUCAGCAUUGAAUAUGUCAAUAUGGCAACUUAAUUCACCAUAUGCUCAACCACCGCCGCGCCGUCCACGUCCAGCAGUAGAUCCAUAUGAACAAUAG